ACCAGCGGAACGACUUAAAUUCAACAUGGCGCAUUUGAGUAAUGAUCCGGCUUCCAAAGAUCGAUGGAUCGUGGUUUACCCAGCUUAUUUGAAUAGCAGGAAGACAGUUCAACAAGGUCGACGUGUUCCUAAAGAAAAGGCUGCCGACAAUCCAACAGUUUUUGAAAUAAGAGAUGUCUGCCAGAGUCAAGGACUUAACUGCGAAGUAGAGAACAAAUAUUAUCCUAAAGACAGUGCUAAAGAUGCCUUAUGUAAGGGCAGAGUACGAGUUCAACUAAAACAGAGUGAUGCAAGCUUUGUCAAUGAAAAAUUUCAAUCAAGGAAAGCAUUAUUUCUCUUUCUUGGUGAAAUGAUCCCAAAGUUGAAAAGUCGUCAAAGUAAGUCUUCACAAAGUGAAAAUACAAACCAGCAGCAAGGAGCAGGAGCAACAGCAAAGAAAAAAAAAGGAAAGAAAGGCAAAGGGAAAUAAAUAAGAUAAAUAAAACCAUUGUGUGUAUUAAUUUUAAACAAGUCAGUAUUUUUUCCUCAAAGCUCAUUAAAAUUGUGGUCUACAAUCA